AUGUCCAAAACGCUGACAGCGAAAGCAUUGCGUUACUUCGAAGUGUUCGGUAACCUUAUGCGUGUAAAAUCCAAUGUCGACGGUAUCCGGGAGCUCCACCUCUGUGGAGAAGGUCAGGAUGACCCUGUCUGUGAGCAUAUUCUACGCCCUUCUCCCACAACACCGCGCUCGAAUGCCCUGGAGAAAACUGUCGUCUUCUACACGAACUGCACGUCACCAGUGAGUCGAGCACGCAACAAAGCUGAACACGUGGCUGCUGUGAUGGCACGGUUCGGAUUGACGGGGUUUCCGUAUCUCGGAAGUUCUGAAGCUUCACUGGAUACCUCAGUCGAGUAUAUCACGGCUAUGAUGGCCAAGGAACUGCAUAUUCUUCCAUUUUUCGAUGUGUCCAUCGUAGCUGUACCGAACAGGAAUGCGAGAAAAAGGCGAACUGUUAUGUUUCAUCCUUCCGCCCGAUGGGGUUACGCGUCGCCAGAUUUGGAGGUAUCUUAUCAACUUCUUCGAAAGUCAGCGUCGAUUCUUCCAUCGCUGCAGCACUUUUCCAAGCAGCAUUAUUUAUGCGUACACAAUUUCUCUACUCAUCUCGCGCAGGUACGCCAAUGUAGCACCUUCAGCCUCCAGCAAUAUCACACAACUAACUUAACUGCAUUCUCAUCGUACGAAACAUUUAACGUUAUAGAAUUUCUGAAUAUCCUCUUCUCUGACCUGCGUGAGUUCAAGCCUGAAGACAGCGUCAUUGUCGGCUCAAAACUGUGCUUUCACGAUUUGCUACGCUUUCUUGACGACUGGAACGACACGAACGCAAUUUUAAACUACCUGGGCACGUACCUCUGGUUAUAUUUGUCUCCUGCACUGCCCCAAGUGGACGCUGAGAAUGAGCUUCUGCCGCGAACUCCAUUCCAUCCGCCCGGAAUUCCGAACCGUUGGCCGCUGUGCUUACGAAUGGCGCAAAGUAUUUGUCCUCGUGGUAUGCUCGCAUUGCUCACAAGAGUCUUCAGCCAGGGUGACAAUGCAGAAGACUUCGUGGCACAGCACCAGUGGUGGAUGGACAUUAUCAAGGACACACUCCUUCAGUACAUCAACCGGUCCGUUCUGCUUGAUGAUCGUCAACGAAAGGUUUUCAGAGAAAAGAUAAGGUUACUAAAAAUAUAUCCCGUUGUACCCCAUCACGAUUCUACGAACACCAGUGACAUUCGCAAAUGGAAAUGUCAGUACACGGAGGAUUUUUCGAUGCUUCCACCCGUCCUUCAUUUCAUCGAAGCCGUGGCUUUUGUUGGGCGCGAGUAUUGGCGGCAGCUGCAGGCAGGAAAAUUUCAAAAAUAUUCCGUCGUCGACAAUUUCGCUUUCAGGAUUCGUCAUUACAAGGAGACCAAUACAUUAUGUAAGAGAACAUUUUUUUUUAUAUAUAUGAACAUGAGCAUAUGCGCAGGUGUUGACGACUUUCACAUAACUGAUCUCACUAUAGGGAGUCCUACGAGAAGGUGUUCGCAAUAA